AUGCAUGCGCUGUGGUCAUUGUCUUGCCUCGCCGGUGUGGAUCUUCUCACCAUCCGCCUCCUGAAUUCGCUUCUGACCAGUUUCCUCCCUUUGGGUCUCCUCCUGGUCUGGUUGAUGAGCUUGGCAAGGUUUGCAGUCCUGACUCUGGGCACUCGUGUGGUCAGCCGACGGUCCAAGCUUCCAUCGUGCUUACAAGGAGAUGCUCUUUUUAUCUUCUGUGCAGUCCUGAGCCUCCUGGUACCAUCUUGUGUGACCUUCACUGACCCUCUAUUACCACACACUAGUGCGGUGCUCCUGUACAGCUGGGGAAGAUGGGACCUGUUGCUCAGCUCUUACCUUCUCACGAUGACCUCUGGUGUCAUCUUGUACCAACUGCUUCCAUCCAGUGACAAUGGCAAGGAUACAGCACAAAGUUCUUCAGGUUCCCUGCGGAAGUUAAUUGCUCUUCUAAAACCCUACGUGGGCAGGUUCCUGAUUGUGGCCGUGUUUUUGGUGCUGUCAUCAUGGGGUGAGAUGGCACUGCCCUCCUACACUGGGAAAAUGACCGACUGGAUCCAGAGCAAAGAAGACCCCUCCAUAUUCUGGAAUGCCAUCAUAAUGAUGUCCAUCAUCACUUUAUCCAGCGCCUUGACAGAAUUUUUCUGUGACUGCAUCUACAAUGUCACUAUGAGCCUGGUCCACACCCAGACACAGGGAAAAGUCCUCCGCUCCGUCCUGAGGAAGGAAGUAGAAUUCUUCGAUACUGAGUCUACAGGUGACAUCACAUCACGCGUCACCUCUGACAUCACAGCGAUGAGCGAAUCUCUCAGCGAGAAUCUGAGCCUGUUGAUGUGGUACCUGAUGAGACUGAUCUUCUUGGUUAUUUACAUGCUCAGCUUGUCUCCGAAGCUUACACUCUUCACUGUCCUGUGCCUGUUGGUCAUCACGCUUGUGCCGCAACUAUCAGGGUCCUUUUAUCAGGUUCUGGCCAAGCAGGUCCAGGAAUCCCUCUCGAAAGUCAAUCAGGUGGCUCUGGAGACAUUCUCUAAUAUGAGGACAGUGCGCAGCUUUGCCAAUGAGGAGGGCGAAUGUCUACGAUACGAGACAAAGCUUCAUCAUACAUACCAGCUGAACAAGAGGGAGUCCCUGGCCUAUGCGUUCACUGCUGUGGCUCACAGUUUUUCAGGUCUGGCUCUAAAAGUGGGCAUCCUGUAUUUCGGUGGAAGGCUAGUAACAAAGGGAGAGGUCAGCGGAGGAGAACUGGUGUCUUUUGUGAUGUAUGAGUUGCAGUUUACAUCAGCUGUAGAGGUCCUGCUAAGGAUGUACCCCGAUGUCCGCAAAGCAGUUGGAUCUUCCGAGAAAGUCUUUGAAUACAUGGAUGAAAAUCCACAGAUGACAACUGCGGGGAGCCUUCAGCCAGCAAACCUCGAGGGCCGUAUCCAGUUCAAAAAUGUCUCCUUCUCUUACCCUAUGCGACCAGAUCAACCAGCUCUUCAGGAUGUCUCCUUUGAGCUACCUCCAGGUCAGGUGACGGCCCUGGUUGGCCUUUGUGACGCUGGCAAGUCCACGGUGGUCCGGUUGUUGCUCAGAUUUUAUAAACCACAGAAAGGGGAGAUCCUGCUGGAUGGGAAACUUUUGUCUGAAUACGAAAACAAGUAUUACUGCAAAAAGGUGUCAGUAGUGAGUCAAGAACCCGUCCUUACAGCAAGGUCCCUGAAGGACAAUAUAUCUUACGGUUUGGGGAAGGUCUCCUUGGCCUUAGUGAGGAAAGCGGCCAUAGCUGCCAGUGCUGAUGACUUCAUCUCAGAAAAAGAGAACGGUUACGACACAGAAGCUGGGAAUAAAGGAGAACUUCUAUCAGGAGGGCAGAGACAAAGAAUAGCCUUGGCUAGAGCCCUAUUGAGGGACUCCAAGAUUCUCAUCCUUGACGAUGCCACCAGCUCCCUCGACUCCGAGACUCAGCAGAAGAUUCAAAAGACGGUGUUGAGCAACCCUGAUAAGCGGACCAUUCUACUUAUAACUCAUCGAUUGAAUGUCUCAGAGAAGGCCGACCACAUCCUGGUGAUGGAGAAAGGACAGAUUAUGGAGUCAGGGAACCAUGAACAGCUCUUGGCCAAUAAGGGCAGUUACUGGAAACGGUGGGAGACACAAAGCAGCACCGUCCAGAAAAGCAACGGAGAGAAGGCCGAGGCAUUGUGAUCAGACAACAGAACCAGUGUGACAGUGGAACCUG